UUUUAUUGUUUUUUUUUCUACUUUCCCUUUUGACCUGGCUGUUGCCUUUUUAUGACAUUUUCCCUAUUCUAUCGAUUUUUUCCAUUCGUCAUAGCUGAUCGGGCCUACACCUUAUUCAACGGAGCUUAUUUCAGGAACGGUGUACGUUUGCAACUCAGAAUCUAUCCCUCAGGUCGUCAAGAACCCGAAGCCACUUCAGGUAUCCUUCAAGUCCAAAAUUUACCAUUACACACGACCAAUCAAUCCCUAUAUGACCUUUUCCGACCGUACGGUCCCAUGAACUUGUGCAAGAUUAUUGUCGAACAAGGGUCAACCUUCAAGGGCACUGCGCUCAUUCAAUAUUUUCGCGAAGAGGACGCCGACGCCGCAGAAGCAGCUUUGAAUAGUAAGAAUGUGCACGGAAACAUCAUUACCGUAUUCCCGUUUGUAUCAAGAAAAUUACGAUCACCACCCACCGCCCCCGACCGCAAAAGUCGCUACUCAGUGGACAGUCCUGGCAUGGUUCCUUCAACGGAUGGUCAUCACAGCGGUGGUUCUUCAAGAAGCGAACCGAGCCGAGUGGAUUAUACCAAUUUAUACAUCAAGAACCUGGAUUUGAAUGUCAAGAGUUCGGAUCUGUUCAAUCGCUUCCGAGAAUUUGGUCGCAUCAUCUCUGCUCGAGUAAUGAAGAACGCGCAAACAAAGCAGUCCAAAGGAUUUGGAUUUGUCAGUUUCAGUAAAGCUGAAGAAGCUUACCGGGCUCUACAGAAAAUGAACAAUCAGUACAUCAUGUCAAAACCAGUGAUGGUGGCCUUCCAUGAACCCAAGAAACCACGCAAGGAACAGACCCCUCCUAUAGGGAAUACCAAUUACUUCAUGACGAACCCCACUCCUUCAAGACCCGUGUCGGUGUCGCCGCCGUUACCUGGUGGCCAUUUUGAUACCUAUCGUCCACCCAAUGGAAAUACCAAUCGACCGCAUUCUCACAUGCCUUCCAAUGGCAUACCGCAUCAAUCUGCUCCUUCUGCACCGAUGAACCAUAUCAACCACCCACCACAUCACCAAUCCGUCUAUCCUGCACCUCCUUCUUCACAUGCUCAGCCGCAUCAUCCUCACCCACACCAACAUCUGCACCAACACCAACACCAACACCAGCAUCCACAUCCACAUCCACAUCCGCAUCCUCAUCCGCACCAAAACCAUCAUCAGCCUCCUAGUGUCAUUCCACAGCAACAACCUCCUGCAGAGUAUAUACCACCACAGCCUUACCCGACGCCGCCUCAACCGGAUCGUCCUUACUCUUAUCAUCCUUCAUUACCUAAUAACUCCAGGCCAGGUUAUUUUGACUACCAUUUUUCGUCCCCGCCUAUGGACAAGAUAAAUUAUAGCAAACCAGGAAAUCAUCACGUCGCACCUCGAAGAGAUAUCUCUGGACUCGCUGGUACCUACGGGCCAAUACAGCCUACGACACCAUCACUGAUAGAUCUAGCUUCUGGUGCCUUCAUCGACACGCCUCCAAAUGGCACGGUAGCAACUCCCGACUACAAACAGAGUCAGGCACGUCCGACGUUUAGGCGCCGCGGAUCGUUCGAAUCUGUUUCCAGCGUUUUAACGGAAACAAGCAGUAACGUGCAACGACAACGUAUGAGGAACGCAGUAUUAAAGUCUGGCGAAACCGAGCAUGUGAAUGACAUUGUCGAUAUGUUGCUGACAUUGAAACGAAAAGAACGCUCACUGUGUCUAUUCAAUCCCGAUUUCUUGAGAACAAAGAUCCAGUUGGCGAAGAGUGCUUUGGAACUUUUCCAAGAUGACAUGGACGGUGCUUUGGACACGCCACCCGGCAGUGGUGGAAGCGAAGAUAAGAAGAAACUAAUGCCCCUUAUGUUGAUACCGCCUCCACGAGGCUCACGCGCGAUUCCCAUUGUGGUGCCACCCAAAGAAAAGGAUAAGGCCUUGUGCGAAGAGAUCGACAACUUUUUGGCAUCAUUGGAAGGCUUAGCAACCCACGAAAAGAAACAACGGCUAGGCGAUCGCCUUUUCCCCCUUGUCAAGGCCACCGGGGUUCGAUACGCACCAAAAAUUACGAUUCGUCUCCUGGAUACCGUGCCAUUGAACGAGCUCGCUCAUUCCAUGUAUAACAAAGAGAGUUUAAAAGCUAAAGUAGAUGCGGUGGUGGCGUCACUUCAGACGUAAACCUGAUGGUAAUAAAAAAAAAGAAACAAUGAAAU